UUCACCAUCGAUCGUGCAUGCUGGGCGUGUUGCGUGACUUUCAUUCCAAAAAAUCAAAUGGCCACCGUCAGGAGGACUCGAUUGAAAUUCUUAUAUUUCACGAUCGCCUUUGUUUUUCUCAAUUUAGUUCUCACGGGACUGGAUAUCCACCCGUUGUCGAGGCCCAGCAAUUUCAUUCACCUGCCGGCCCACUGCGCCAGUCUACCGUGCGACACGCUCAUCUUCGGACGGCCGGUGGUUUUGACGGAAAAUCGGGCUCACUUGUCCGUCCCCGAUGGAGUUGAAAUUUACGUGAAUUACACCGUCAAUCGACUGGGAUUGAAGCUGCUGGGCGGGAAUUUGAACGACGUUACGUCAUUCCGGUACUCGAUCAACGCCGAGUCCCAGUGCCGGGCCAGCGAUGGAUUAUUGAAGGUCGUCGUGGUUGUUGUUUCGGCUCCCGGACACUUUGACAGGCGCCAACUGGUCCGUCAGACGUGGGCCGGCCGGCUGGGCGACACCAGCUGGGGCCGGCACGUUUUCCUGACCGGCCGGACGGCCAACGCGACGCUGCAGAGUCGACUGGAGGAGGAGAGCGGUCAAUUCGGCGACAUUGUCCAGCUGGACAUGAUGGACAGUUACGAGAUUCUGACGGCCAAAUCGGUGGCCUUGCUGCACUGGGCCCAGCAAUUCUGCAGCGCCAAGGUCCCGUUCGUCCUGAAAUGCGACGACGACGUUUACGUCAACAAGGGCCGUCUUCACUCGGCCGUCACGGCCAUCACCAAGACCAUCCCUUACUACGAGGCCGGCAUCUACGGCACCCAAAUUGUCAUUGACAAUCCGCCCCAGCGGAAGUUGGAGAGUAAACAUUACGUCAGUAUGGAGCUGUGGCCUUGGCCAGCCUACCCAUCUUAUCUGUACGGCGGUUGUUACCUGCUGGGCAGAAAAGCCCUGGCCCCGUUGCUAACGGCCGCCCAGUCAACCCCGUAUUUCCCCUUUGAAGAUCUUUACUUGAUAGGACUGUGUUCCCGGAAGGCCCACGUUCCACUCUGGACCUUUGACAAAAUGUUCAUUAUGGAGAAUGGCAACCGGACGGGCGAUCCUUGUUUCGCUGGCGAGUCCAUCACGUGGCAGACCCGAUCGGAUGGCCAGUUGCUGGAAUCGCAUCAAGCCACAAAGAAGCUGGAUGAAAACAAGAUCAAAUGCAGCAGCAGCGGCCAGUCAGGACGAGGGGUGGGCAACGUGAUUCAUUUCCAAUUGAUCGAUCCGGUCGAAUACGAGACGUGGAGUCGCAACGUGAGUCUGCUGCUGGUCAACCACACCCAACAAAGACAAACCUGAAUCGUUUGAUUCAUUCACCGCAAUAACUCAAUAUUUAUUGGCAAAUGUAAUAAUUCAAAUAAUUUAAGCGCGCCAAAAUCAUUUAACAAUCAACCAGCGCUAUAAGAAAUACA